AUGGCUCCCAUCAAGGAUGAGACCAUCGACAGCCUCAAGAACAUCAUUGGCGAACUCGAGUCGCGGGUGGCUCAAUUGGAACAUCGAUUACUCCAUGGUGGUGACUCGUCGAAGCCUAAGUCCGUCGCGGAAUCUGUGCGGAUGAUUUUGAUGGGCCCUCCAGGUGCUGGCAAGGGAACUCAAGCUCCCAAUAUCAAGGAAAAGUUCUGUGUCUGCCACCUGGCCACGGGAGAUAUGUUACGGUCACAAGUCGCUCGCAAGACUGAGUUGGGCAAGGAGGCCAAGAAGAUCAUGGACCAGGGAGGACUGGUUAGUGAUGAGAUCAUGGUUAACAUGAUCAAGCAUGAGCUGGAGACGAACAAGGACUGCCAGAACGGCUUUAUCCUGGAUGGUUUCCCACGCACAGUCGCUCAGGCUGAGCGAUUAGAUGGCAUGCUUGAUUCGCGUGGCCAGAAGCUUCAACACGCCAUCGAGCUCCAGAUCGACGAUGCGCUCUUGGUUGCACGGAUAACUGGUCGCUUGGUCCAUCCAGCUUCGGGACGGUCGUAUCACAAGAUCUUCAACCCCCCCAAGGAGCCCAUGAAGGACGAUAUUACCGGGGAGCCAUUGAUUCAGCGCUCCGAUGAUAACGCGGAGGCCCUGCAAAAGAGACUCAAGACCUACCACUCCCAAACUGCCCCUAUUGUUGGAUACUACAAGAAAACCGGCAUCUGGACGGGGAUCGAUGCUAGCCAAGAACCCGGACAGGUGUGGAAGAGCCUGCUGAAAGUAUUUGACAGCGACAAGACCCCUUCUAGCCCAAUUCUUGGCAAAAUUGGCCUGUCAAAAUAA